UACGCCGCGGAGCUCUGCGCGCUCCUUAUCGAGGACCAAUUUGGAGAGCUUUUCGCGCGAAUUUUCACAACCCUUCUACGCUAUGAGCGGCUGCCGCUACCCAAACUCAGGUUCUAUUCCCGCCUGACCGACCGCCAGCUACAUCAUGGGCUGGUGGCUAUGAUCCAACACCACCUCGUGUACCACUUUACCUCCCUCGAAGACGGCAACACCUACUAUGCCGCGAACCCAGAGGCCGCGUACUAUCUCGUGCGCUCCGGGAAGAUUCUUCACUUGGUUGAGAGUCGACUUGGCGAAUAUGCAGCCCGAGUCAUGGAAACUAUCCUGUACCUGGGACAUGCGCCCAUCAAAUAUCUCGAAACACUGCCCGAACUGCGCUAUCUGGAGCCUGCAGCUCCAAAUGGCGUCGUGAAAGAGGAGGAGCAGGAGCAGGAACAAGCACAAGAGCCUCAAGAUCCCGAUAUGGAAGUCGAAGAACACACAAAUGGUGCAAACGGUGAUCAUGCUGAGAAAGUUUACCAAAAGCCAGCACCGUUGCAUGCUACCCUAAAAGCACUUGCAUCGCACGGCUACAUUCUACGUGUCAAGGAUGCGCAUUUCCAAAGUCCCGAAGACAAUUACAUCGAAGCUAACAAGGCUGCUUCGAACCGAUCUGACAUUAAGCUCCUCAAGGGAAAGAGGCUGACGGAGGAAUUGCUUCUAAAGACUGAGGAGGUCCUUCAAGAGCGUACAGAUGGCGACCUCUCAGAAUUGUGGAUGGUCAAUGGUCUGCCUCGAGGUCUCAAGAGGAAGUUUGCCAAUGGCACUUCCGAGUCGACCAGCAAGCGCCACCAGACGGGUCAGAAUGGAGUCAACGGCAAUCACGCAGACGAUGAGGAUGAGGAGAACGACUGGUCCGAGGAUGAAGACGGGUUUGACAAUAUUCCUAUGGAGCCGGGACUGGUCCUCCGCGUCAACUACGAUAAAAUCGACGUUGCCCUACGAAACGCCCGCUUCGUCGAAAUGGCAGAGCACGGCGCUCCCCCGACCACAGCAGAGGUCUACGAAACUUUCCUCCGCCGCGUCGAAUACGCCACCAAACGCUGUCGCGACACCUCCGAGAUCCCCCGCGAAGGAGAAGAGGGCGAACAGUUCUCCCUCCCAAUAGAGACCUACAAGAUCGUCACCGAUGUCGAUCCCCACCUCAAUCUAUCAAGCUCUUUCGGGCCCUUGGACAAGUCAUCGGAGUCUGUGAACCGCCGCGGCAAGCGACCACUCGAGAACGGUGUCAAUGGCGAUCACGACGACGACGACAAGGAAGACAACAACGAUACCGAAAUCAGCCGCGCCUACGAAAUCAACCAACAUCUUCACCUCCUCGAGCAGGCCCCGUUGAACCUAGCCUCCCACGUCAGACUAUCCGACGGCAUCAAAUGGCGCGUCGGGUUCCGCGGACUAGCCCGCAAACUGCGUCACCUCGAGAUAGAGCGGCUAGUCGAGAUGCGCUACGGCGACGUCGCCCUCCGCGUCCUCCGCAUCCUCCACGCAAAGGGCAAACUCGACGAAAAGCGUCUCCAGGAAAUCAGUCUCCUGCCCUUCAAAGAUCUACGCCAAACCCUGGCCAGCAUGCAAUCCGGCGGCUUCGUAGAUCUACAAGAAGUCCCCAAGGACGCACAGCGUCAACCGUCCAAGACGAUUUUCUUGUGGUACUUUGAUCCAGAUCGGGUGUGUAACAGUGUCCUCGAGGAUACGUACAAGGCCAUGUCUCGUACACUGCAGCGCAUCAAAAUCGAGCGCGAUCUUCGUCGGGAUUUCCUCGAUAAGACGGAGCGCAGUGAUGUCAAGGGUAAUGAGGAGAAGUGGCUGAGUGAAGGGGAGUUGGAGCAGUUGCAGCAGUGGAGGAAUAAGGAAGCUCUCUUGUUGGCCAUGGUCUCUCGUCUGGAUGAUCUGGUGGCUGUAUUCCGGGACUACUAA